AUGCCGCAACGAGGUCGUGUGGUUAUCGACUUCAGCCACGACGACAGCCCGUCACCACCACCCAUGUCGCAGAGUAUGCGACACAUACACCAGCCUGUUUCGGACUCGCGGUUCAUAACACCUUCCGACGACAGCGACGACGAAGUUCAGAUCCUUGAUUGGGGUUUCCGUAAACAACCCAAUGACAAAGCCUCGUCGAACACCCAGAAGUCCAAUGUUGGCCACCCUUCAACCACCAGACCCAGCGUCCAAGAAUCGAGGAACAAUGAUACCAAGAAGAUUGCUUCGCAAACACCUUCUGGCAGCCGGCUACCUCAGCAACCUCCUGCACGAGUUGGAACUACUCGUUCAUCCCAACCACCUCUAGUACAACAACCUCCAGCACAACUGAGAAGGACCCAACCGCCUGCACUCGAUUCUAUUGCGCAACACCCAGCACCUCUCGUGCCCACGCAAGCUAGCAACAACAAUCCUGUCUCGAUAACAAACCCCUCGACAAGAGAGUUUCUCGCUGCUCUCUCAAAGUCUCGUACUUUCACACCUUCGAGUUCGAUCUUGACACCAACCCUCCCACCUGGCGCAAGACCACUACCUCCUGGCAGAGUGGUGCCGUCGUCGCAAUCGCAACCGCAAUCCCAAAGGCCCUUGCCAGCACUACACAGUGGAGCUCCUCGACUGCACGCUCCUCGACCACAUGUUCCGGUUCCGGUCAAUGCAAGAGAUUCGAUGGGUUCCGCAGCCUCGCAGUCGCAGCCUACACCACCUACAAGGCAAUCGCAACCAUCUGCUCCAGCGUCGAGGUCUCUUGCACCAUCUGUGAUUACGCCGAGUCCCUUUGCACCGAAUUUACCUUCCAAAGCUGUUACAAGAGAUACUUCGAGAGAAAGUGAUCCGAACCGCGGUCAUUCUCAGGCGGUCUUGCAACGUCUAAAUAAGUCACCGACUACACCUGCCUUGAAAUCGAAGCCAUCUUCAUCUGUGGCAGCAAACUCGUCCUCGAACACACUUCCAGAACUACAAACGGUCUCACAACCACGUAAAGAGCCAGUAAUGUUGCGUGCGAGCCCAAAGAUGCCGCCAGCUUCGAUCAACAAGGUGCCAUCGCAGUCACAUGAACACUCACUUCCCCAACAGAAGCGUGUACUGGAAACCAUUGAGAUUGAGUCUUCAAGUGAAGACGAUUUUGUGACUGCUGCCGCUCGUGCCGCCAGUCCAAGGCCACGGUCUUCAGGCAACAAUUCUUCAACUCAAAGUUCACCACGUACAAGCAAGAGAAAACUUGUGGGAAGUCCACACGACGAAGAACCAGUAAAGCGCGUUCGAAGCACUCGUCUCUCUGCAGUAUCAAAGCCACCGAUCGAAAACCCGUCUCAAGACGACGCUGUCGGAUCCGUCGAAGACGACCUUGUCGGAUCUGUAGAGGACGACCAACAACCGUUCACCUUUCCAGCAGAUAUCUCUAAAAUCCCGCCAUUCAGCAACAGAUACGGACAGCCGUUCACCUUAGAGGAAGAUGCCCUGAUCAUACACUUAAAAGAGGUUGUUGGUAUCCCAUGGAAAGAGUUUGAACGUUUCUUUCCUGGAAGGAAGUGGCCUUCUAUGCAAACAAGGUAUUCAAAAGUCUUGUCCAAACGCACUGCAAGACCAGUCGCCACGACUUCUCUUACUCAACCAUUGCCUCGUUCAACUCGAGGACUUAGACGCACAACACAGGCUCAAGCAGACUCUGUGGAUCCUUCCGUAGCGUCUCAAGAGGAAGCAGAAGCCGAGACUGUGGACGAAGACCCAAAUCGCUGCAGGCGAAGCGUGAGGCCCCUAAGCUAUCUCGUUCGACAUCGAGAACUCGGAUCUAGACACGGUCGAGAAUGGCCAAGGAAGUUCCAAGCGGGAGUCAGAGAUCUUGUGUACAGCAGCAUAGGUGCCCAAGCCUACAUGGACAACGCCUCGGGUGAUGUUUCGACGAUCGCAUGGUCGCCAGACGGCAAUCACUUUGCUGCAGGCGCAGUAGCUGUUACAGAUGUACAUUCGGUUGACUACAACAAGCCCCGAAACCUCGUCGUAGGAAGUGUUGCAACGCAGAACAUUAAAGAGCUUCCACACCAUACCAUCAAUCACUUGCUGCCUAGCGGACAACGGAAAGAGCUGUUCUCUACUGUACAGGUGGUAGCUUUCAGUCCUGACAGUAAAUACAUGUACUCUGCCGGCAUUGAUCAGCGCCUACACAGGUAUAGGGUUGACGGAUCUCCGCAAGAAACCACACUUGUACACAGCGUGGAACAUCCGGCAUCCGUGGACUUUCUUUCCGUUAGCGAUAGCGGAUUGGUCGCUACUGGCUGUGCUUCAUCAGGCCCUAGCGCUAUCAAAAUCCUGUCAUAUGACGACGACACCUUAACAGGGUCUAUCUGUCUCUCUGGCACAGUUCAAAGCAAAAAAACUCCGUCGGCAUUAAGAUGGGGCGCAGCACACCAGCACCAGAACUAUCUACUAGCAGGUUUCUCGCGGGAAGCCGAGGUUUUCUAUGCGGAAGACGACAGAAGAGACAAAGAAGGAGAGGUUGCACUAUGGGAUAUAAACACCCAGCAGAGAAUCGAAACUGACGCUCCAAACCGAAACGUCUUUGAUCUUGCAUGGAACCCAAGUCCUGGCAGCAACUCAUCCAUCUUUGCUGUGGCCAGCAGGCCCAUCAGCCAUGUCGGCCACGGUAUACACUCAGUCGUGCGACUGUACUCGCCUCAACAGACUCGUGCACAACACACAAUGGAGCUCGACUGCCCAGCGUGGGACAUUAAUGACGUUGUGUACUCUCCUCACGAUAACAACCUCAUUGCAGUGGGUAGCACUGAAGGCAGAGUCUACAUUUGGGAUGUCCGAUAUGCCAAACACGGUCAGUUGCCUCUAAACACACUCAAACAUGGAGAAUCGUUGGCGAUCAUGCCGCACGAAAGAAAGAGAUGGGAAGUCGACACUGGCAUUCGGUUCUUGUCCUGGGGCACCGAACGAGACAGGCUAUACACUGGCUCAUCCGAUGGAGUUGUCGCUUGCUGGGAUCCCUACCGUGGCGAUUCUGACAAGCAUGUCCGUGAUGUGGUGCAUCUCAACUCGGCCGUCAUGUCGGGCGCGUUUAGUCCAGACUACUCUCACCUGUUGAUCGGAGAAGACGCGACUAGAUUGAACCUGCUCUCCGUCGGCAACAAUGGAGCCAAGUUUGACAGAAGGACGACAAAAUUCAGCGUGGAGGAGGCGCCUCUUCAAUACGAACCCGGUCCAACACUCUGGGACUGUCAGAAGAUGCUGAACGGUCUGGCACUCGAGGUCAAGCCAGCAGGAACCAUGCCUUUCCGACAAGUAGUUCAAGGACCAAACUACAAAGGUCCAUAUUGCCCUGACGCUGAAGCAGCCAGGGAGAAGGCCCAGAGAUUCCAAGACAAAGCGCUGAGAUCUUUCAGACGUCGUAAGAAGCAAACUCGCAAAUCCGGUCUCCAGACAACAGAUCCCUGUGGCCUCGACUGUGGUUUCAUUCCUCUGCCAGACGAUUACGAAGCCCCAGAAACCUGGUUGUCGAAGCGCAUUCCAGAUCGCAUCUGGGAAUGGGUCAAUGAGCGAGCCGACGUUGAUUGCUUCCGCUGUGGGAAGACGGCGACCAUUAGCCCACGAGCCCAGAUCAUUGAGUGUGAGAACUGUGGCACAGCAUGGAGGUCAGGAGCGCUGGGCUACGAGGUGAUCGAGCAAGUCAAAGCCAGUGGAUCAAGAAGCAAGGCCGGAGAUGAAGGCGUUAUUGAUCUUUGCGACUCCGAGGAUGAAAGAGAACGUUUUGUUCUUGAGGUUUCGACAGAGACCAGCGAUAGCGACAGCGAGAUCGAAGGUCGUUGA